CUCCCUAGUUUGAAAUAAGCUAAUGUCUUAUUGGAUAACGGGACGUCAAUCAAAUAUAACACUAUUGGAUUGCAUGUUUCUUGCAAAAAAUAUAUAGUCGCGCAAGUAUUUCUUUUCGGCAGAUUGUGUUCAGUUAAGGGUCUCUAUAAACCUGGGUAAUUUUGUUGAACGAGGCUAAGUAAUAAGGUGAGCUGUUAAUUUUUUCAGACCAGCGUGACAAUGAUUGAAGUGGUUUGCAACGACCGCCUGGGCAAGAAAGUGCGGGUGAAGUGCAACUCAGAGGAUACCAUUGGAGAUCUGAAGAAGCUGAUAGCUGCCCAGACUGGCACCAGGUGGGACAAGAUUGUACUGAAGAAAUGGUACACAAUAUUCAAGGACCAUGUGUCUCUGGGAGAUUAUGAAAUCCACGAUGGAAUGAACCUGGAGCUAUACUACCAGUAGAAGAGGCUAAAUGAGCAAAGCUAAUUAGUCUCCCAUGACUGUUGAAAUAAAUUCUCCUAGAAGACUUUUUUUUUUUUCCGUUAUGGAUGAGUCAUUUUGUUUUGAUAUUAUCUGAUAAUAAAAUGUGUAUAUAUGUAAA